AUGUAUGGCCUGUAUCUGGAAGCAGUAAAUGACUACAUUAAUGAGUCCUAUGGGGAGGAUGUUUGGAGGCUGAUCGAGGCCCGGGCGGAGAUUCCUCACCUCAAUGAUAAUUUGAUCCUUCGUCUGGCUAAAGCAGCUGGGGAGGUUUUGGGAAAGACCCAUGAUGAGCUGAUGUAUGCCUUUGGAGUCUAUAUGGUGAAACGAAUAGGAAACUAUGGCUAUGAAAGGAUUCUCAAGGUGUUGGGUCGUAAUGUACGAGACUUCAUCAACGAGCUGGAUAACUUGCAUGAGUAUUUCCGCUUUUCAUUCCCCAAAGUGCAACCACCCAGCUUCUGUGUUGAAGAAGAAUGUGAGACAAGUCUGACACUGCAUUAUCGCUCCACCAGAAAGGGCUUUACUCAGUUUGUCAAAGGGCAACUCUCUCAAGUGGGCCGUCAAUUUUACAACACAGAUAUCGAAGUGGAGAUUUUGUCUAAAGAGGAAACAGAGAAAAUGACAUAUGUAGUGUACAAGAUGAACUUUGACAAUGCUGCAUUUAAGCACCGCAUGCCCCAGCAGAAAACAGCACCAGGUUACGAAAAGCUUCCUAUGAAAAGGGGAAUAUUCUUUGACAUGUUCCCCUUUAGUGUGAUCUUCCGUAGAGACAUGACUAUGUAUCGCAUUGGAGAUGGCCUGAAGGAAGUGUUCUCAGAUCUGCAAGGUAAAAAGGUCAACGAGGAGUUCACUCUGGUGCGGCCCAUGUUGGAAUUUAGCUGGGACAAUAUCUGCACUCACCUCAACAAUGUGUUUGAGCUGCUGUCAAAAGCAGUUGUAGAGAGCAAGCAGAAGGUCAACAUCCCUAAACUCAGCAAAGAAGAGCCGGAGGAAAAAGAGGAGAGUCAGAAGCCAAAAAAGGAAGAAAGAGACAUUAAGGCAAUGGAUGAGUUAAAAGGAGCUAAUCAGGAGUACAGCAGUGCUCUGACCCAGUACAACAGCUCAGCAAACUCUGUAGGAGAAGACAUUGAACUGCUUGCCUUCCAGACCGUCACAGGCAAGUGCAGUGAAACUAUAUUUGAGGACAUGCGAGAGCCACCUAAAAAGCCUCUUCAUCUGAAGGGUCAGAUGAAAUAUGUGCCCCAGUGGGAUUCACUCAUCUUCCUUGGCACACCCAUCAUUGAGACGGUGGAGGACAUGAUUAAAAUGGGCGUUUAUGUCAAUGACCUAAACCUGCAUGACUCUAGCAGAGAGCUCAUCCUGGCAGGAACUCAGCAAUCAGCCGAGCUGCAGCUGGCUCUGGACCAGGAGCAACAGAAAUAUGGUCAGCUACAAGAGAUCAUUAAGAAACUGGAUGAGGAGAAGAAGAGAGGAGACUCUCUGCUGUACGCUAUGAUACCAAAAGCUGUGGCUGACCGACUGCGCAAAGGCAUCACAGCACUAGAGACCUGUCAAGUUUUCCCAGAUGUGACCAUCCUAUUUAGUGACGUGGUCAAAUUUAAUGAAAUCUGUAUCCACAUCACUCCCAUGCAAGUGGUGGACAUGCUCAAUGAGAUAUACAUCGUCUUCGAUACCCUCAGUGAAAAACACAAUGUGUAUAAGGUGGAGACUAUAAGAGAUGCGUACAUGGUGGUGGCUGGAGUGCCUAAUAAGACAACAUUUCAUGCUCAUCAUAUUUGUGACAUGGCUCUGGACAUGCUGAGCUCCAUUGAUCACCUCAAAGACCCUUCUACCGGGGAUAACAUUCAGAUUCGUGUUGGAAUCCACUCUGGUAUGGUGGUUGCAGGGGUAGUGGGACUGAAGAUGCCACGCUACUGUCUGUUUGGGGACACAGUGAACACUGCCUCUCGCAUGGAGUCCAAUGGUGUGGGGAUGCAAAUCCACAUUAGCCAAACCACCAAGGACCAUUUGGAGCAUGAGCCAUAUAUCAUUGAAGAAAGAGGCAAGAUUUUUGUAAAGGGAAAGGGCUACAUGAAGACAUAUUGGUUGAAAGGGAAGAAGGACCUGUCAUUUAAAACCCCAGCUGAGCUUCGGUACAGUAGUGAACAGAAAGACUUAGAGGAUCAAAGCUCUAAUGGUUCAACUUGUACCAAUACCAAGCAUUCUAACUCUAACCUAAACAUACCCAACGAGGAGCAUGCAGAGGGGAACCCCACCCCUAUGGACCUGCAACCUGACACACUCCCAACAUUAGGGGGCACCACAGAGUCCACUGUGGCCACUAAUAAGCCUCAGGACAAUGAGAAGUUUAAAAAGACAAAGAACAACAAAGACGGCCAGGGAGAAAAUGCUCCAGAUAAUUCACAGGAGAGUUCUCCCCCUGCUGGUAGCCAGAUGAAGGAAGCCCCUGCACUCAAUAACAAAAAGCAUAGCUUCAGGAAGAAGUGUGCACGGCUACCAGCAAGUCUGCCCAUGCGCAGUGCAGCUUGCACCCUUCUGUGA